GAACUAAAAGCAUUAUAACAAAAAGCCCAAAAGAGCCUAAUAGAAAAUGAGAGACCCAGCUUCAUUAAGAAAUGGGAGGGAGGGAGAGUUGGCGACUGUCGACGGGAGGAGAGACCAACGCGAAGACGGAGAGAAAGAAAGUGGGCCACCCGAAACAAUUCUUGUCCUUUUGUUAAAUUACAGAGAAAUAAUCUGACACGUCACCAGCUCCACCGCAUUUCCACUCGGUGUGACCUAAUAUGUUCACUCCCUAAAAAUUUAAAAAAAAAAAAAUAAUAGAGAGAGAGAAAGAAAAGAAAAUGGGGAAUUCAUUUGGAUGCUCUGCUUCCGGCGAAAGAUUAGUAUCGGCGGCCAGAGAUGGCGAUUUGGUGGAGGCCAGGAUGCUUUUGGAUUGCAAUCCGUGUCUCGCCAAGUAUUCCACUUUUGGUGGCCUCAAUUCUCCUCUCCAUUUCGCCGCCGCUAAAGGUCACAACGAGAUUGUUGCGUUGUUGCUUGAGAAUGGAGCUGACGUGAAUUCAAGGAAUUACUGUGGCCAGACGGCAUUAAUGCAAGCUUGUCGUUAUGGACACUGGGAAGUUGUACAGACUCUUCUACUCUUUCGAUGCAAUGUUACACGAGCAGAUUACCUCAGUGGAAGGACUGCUCUACAUUUUGCAGCUGUAAAUGGCCAUGCAAGAUGUAUAAGACUGGUCGUUGCUGACUUUGUUCCUAGUGCUCCUUUUGAAGCUAUGCAUGCUCAGUUGGAAGAUAAUGCUGGGGAUGCUUCCAAUAUGAACGACAAAUUUUAUCAGAGUGCAUUGUCCAAGUUUGUCAACAAGGCAGCUGAUGGUGGUAUCACAGCUCUUCAUAUGGCUGCAUUGAAUGGAUAUUUUGACUGUGUGCAGCUUUUACUUGAUAUUCAUGCAAAUGUGUCAGCCGUCACUUUUCAUUAUGGAACAACAGUGGAUUUGAUAGGAGCUGGAAGCACUCCUUUGCACUAUGCUGCUUGUGGGGGGAAUUUAAAGUGUUGUCAGAUCCUUCUUUCAAGAGGUGCCAGUCGGAUAACAUUAAACUGCAAUGGGUGGUUGCCGGUUGAUGUUGCCAGGAUGUGGGGGCGUCAUUGGCUUGAACCCUUGUUGGCAUCAAAUUCUGAUUUCACCAUACCAAGAUUUCCUCAUUCUAACUACUUAUCCUUGCCUCUUUUGAGCAUACUUAACAUAGCAAGAGAGUUGGGGAUGCAGUGUUCAACAACCUCCACUGAUGACUCUGAUAUUUGUGCUGUUUGCCUAGAGAGAGCAUGUAAUGUAGCUGCUGAAGGGUGUGGGCAUGAACUUUGUGUAAGAUGUGCUCUGCAUCUUUGCUCAACAAGCAACAUUCCUUCAGAAAUGGUGGGCCCACCUGGCUCCAUACCAUGUCCUCUUUGCAGGCAUGGAAUUGUAUCUUUUGUUCAAUUGCCUGGUUCCCCAGCAAAAGAAAUGAAACUUCCUUUGUCCCUUGGCCUCUGUACCCCAUGCAUGCUUCAUUAUCGUGAUGCAGAAGGGCAAUCUCCAGCUUGUGUACCAGAGAUCAGAAAGAAUCGUGUGACUUCAGUUUCUUCAGAUUUUGUUUGCCCAGUUACUUGUAGCCCAUUUCCUUCUGUUGCAAUCCCGUUGUGCACUUGCAAUGAUGGCCCAUGUCCAUCUUUUGAGCCUCGAACUCAAGAAACUCAAGGUAAAUCCCCUAGUCGCUCUCAAACAUCCGUGGAUCAGGAUAAAAUUGAAGGGCCGAGACUAGAGAAAACCAGCUGUUCUGGGAUGAUGUUUUGGGGCAGAAGAAGCUGCAGCAGAGAGCAUCAGUGUAAUUCAGAAAUAAAUGCAUGAUUCUUUGGGGUUUGGAUAGUAUAAGAUCUGAAUUAUACAUCGAUAUUCUUUUCCAAGGUGGUGAUAUUUGGUCAUACUGGUUUCAAGCACUAAAAAAAUUUUCAAAUCCAUGUUCGCUUCCCCUUUUUGUUUCGGCCGGCUACAUGAAAAUGGAUUUGGGUCUCAGACACGCUACGGUUUAGAUGUCCUCUUAAAAUAUUUGGUGGGGUUGUAAAAAUUGUAGGGGGUUUGGUUCUACAGAUUGAUUGUAAUUGAAUGUCAUCAAGGAUCGGACUUCUUGUUCUCUUUAUUCUGCAUUGAGAAGCAAUCACAAUGAUUUAUAUUAUUUGUUACC